AUGGAGGAGGAUUCACGUGAGAAGGCGUUCCGUUUCGUCGCCUACUCGGCUGUCACGUUCUCGCUGAUCGCGCUCGUCAGCGUUUUUGUCACACUGCCACUGGUCAACAACUACAUCCACUCGGUGCAUCUUCGUGUGCACGAUGAGAUGCAGUUCUGCAAGCUCUCCGCUCGCGACGUCAUGCUAGAGAUGCACAAUUUCCGUCAGACACCAAACAAGAACCUCCCAUUCUUCCUCCGUCGUUCUUCCAACGAAACGACACGUCUGAAGCGUGAGGCGGCCGCCUGCCAAGGUUGCUGCCUUCCAGGACUUCCGGGACCAGACGGUCCACCAGGAAAGAACGGAGCACCAGGACGGCCAGGAGCUCCAGGAGCCCCUGGAUUUCCAGGACGCCCACCAGCAGUGUGUGAGGAGAUCACCGAGCCACCAUGCACACCAUGCCCACCAGGAGAGCCAGGACCACCAGGACCACCAGGAGAUGCUGGAAAUCCAGGACAAUCUGGGCAUCCAGGAAGAAAUGGAAAUGACGGAGGAGUUGGACCACAAGGACCACCAGGACCACCAGGAAACAACGGAGAGGGUGGAAGAGAUGGACCACGUGGAGAGCAAGGAAGACCUGCUAUCUCGACGCCAGCUCUGCCAGGAGAUCCAGGAGCACCAGGAGAGCCAGGACCAUCUGGACUGCCAGGAGAUCAAGGACAAGCCGGUCGCCCGGGAUCCGAUGGAGCUCCAGGACCACAAGGACCACCAGGUCCACCAGGUCAACAAGGACAUCCAGGACAAGGUGGACCAGCGGGACCACCAGGACAGCCAGGACCACAAGGAGAGCGUGGAAUCUGUCCGAAAUACUGCGCCUUGGACGGAGGUGUCUUCUUUGAGGAUGGAACUCGUCGUUAA